UUGAGAUAUUGGCAAGGCUUCAAGUCACUCUCAUGUCGUCACAUCUCAUAUGGCGUAUCCGGAAUUCCGGAUUAGUAUUCGGAUUUUAAAAUAUUUAAUUUGGAUUGCGGCUAAAUCCGUAUUUGACUAAUGAGUUGCUCUUAGAUAUUUCUCUCCCGGCCAUGGCUGCCACAUGAAAGCUCGCAAGUGCGGUGCGACCGUGCGAGGCAGAACAACAGCAGGGCGCCUAGAUCCAACGUUCAAACCGUGCGUGGCGUGUUGCCCACCUUCAAGGCCAGUUUCUCUUGUCUCGCCGACGCCGUCGAUCGAUCGCGGAUCACUCACCGCCAUGUCCAGCGACGCCACGCCGCACGUCGUCGAGGACUUCUUCGGCGUCGUCCGGCUCCUCGGCGACGGCUCCGUUGUCCGUGGCGACGAAUCCGUCCUCAUGCCAGCAGGCCCGUUCCCAGACAUCCCCGGCGUUGAGUGGAAGGACGUCGCGUACGACACGGCGCGCGGCCUCAAGGUCCGCGUGUAUCGGUCGUCGUCGGUGGCUCGCGGGAGGCUCCCCGUCCUCGUCUACUUCCACGGCGGCGGCUACUGCAUCGGCGCCUACGACAAGCCCAUGUUCCACUCCUGCUGCCAGCGCUUCGCCGCCGAGCUCCCCGCCGUGGUGCUCUCCGUCCAGUACCGCCUCGCGCCCGAGCACCGCCUGCCCGCCGCCAUCGACGACGGCGCGACGUUCUUCUCCUGGCUGCGAAGGCAGGCCGCGGCGGGCACCGAGCCGUGGCUCGAGGAGUCGGCCGACUUCGCCCAGACGUUCGUGUCCGGCGUGUCGGCCGGCGCGAACCUCGCCCACCACGUCGUGGUUCACAUCGCCUCGGGGAAGCUCGCGGUCCACCCAGCGCGCAUCGCCGGCUACGUGCUCCUGUCCGCGUUCUUCGGAAGCGCCGAGCGCACGGCGGCGGAGUCCGAGUCACCGGCCAACGUGUCCCUGACGGCCGCGUUCGACCAGAUCUGGCGCUUGGUGCUGCCGGCGGGCGCCACCAGAGAUCACCCGCUGGCCAACCCGUUCGCUCGGGACAGUCCCGGCAUGGAGCCGCUGCCGCUGCCACCGGCGCUCGUCGUGGUGCCGGGGCUCGACACGCUCCGGGACCACAUGCGGCGCUACGCGGCGAGGUUGGAGGAGAUGGGAAAGGCUGUGGAGCUGGUCGAGUUCGCGGGGGAGCGCCAUGGCUUCUCUGUAAGAGCGUGGAGUGAGGCGAACGAGGAGUUGGUCCGGAUCUUGAAGCGGUUCGUCAACCAAGGUGCCACACGGGACUGAGUUUAAGCAGUGAGUCUUUACACCCGGAAUCGACAAAUUGUUCACAACAAGGCAAGGAGGGAAAUGGUGUCACGGAGUAGGAAUUUACAGGUUUGGACGAGGAUGAUUUGGCAUGGGUUUUAGCUCAAAUUUGUCUUCUUGAAUCUGGUAAAUAUUAUUAGAGUAAAUAGUCUUGAAUCAAUGGAAUUUCUCUCGGGUUUGGAUGGAUGGGAGCACGCCAAGGCCAGCCUCACCACACGCUCCAACUGCGCCGGAUCAAGAUCAGCGCCGUUGUGCAGCGCUGCGUCGUCGCCAGCGUGCAUCGCUCUGCCGUCGCCGUAGAGCCUCCAGGUCCAGUACACGAUGUACAUGGCUGCAGCCAAGACCGUGACCAAGCUUGACAAAGCAGGAGUGAAGUUGGCAGUUGCAUUGCACUCCAUCUCCCUAAGCUUGAAUCUGACCAGACAAUGUGCGUCGAUCAUCUUCUCCAGGUUGCAGUAGGCUAGCCUUCGCUGUCCUGUCAUCUUUCGCCAUAUGGAGAACACCAGAGAGACGAUGACAGAGCAAUCAAAAAGCACGGCUAGUUAAGGCAAAAACCAAAGUAAACUUCCUCC